UUGAUGUGCAGCAGUCCUAAGAAUGGUGUUACGUUUGAUUCUUAGAUAUUUGGCAAAUAAUGAACAGUUGGUACAGAAACUGAGUGAGUCUUAUCCCAUUCAGAGAGCAGCCAGGGCAGUGGCAAAUGUAAUAACCAAAGGAAAGAGUGUUGCGGAAGAGCAGGAUCUCAAAAAGAAAUUAAACCCUCUCCAGUUAUUUGCCAGACUUCGUCGAUUUACUGAUAAUAUCAAAAAAGAAAUUGAGGAGGCUAAGGAAGAAUUGAACCGCAAAAAGAAAUAAUAUAUUGAUUUUUAAAAUGU